AUGAAGUCGAACUUCAUCCACCUCGCCGCUCUCCUAGGCACAGCCAGUACAGUGGCAGCCCAUGGAUACGUCACUAAAAUCGAAGUUGCCGGCACAGAAUAUCCCGGAUACAGCCCCGAUACCGGCGUAACCACGGGGUUGAUCGCCUGGUCCACCGAUGCCACUGACCAGGGCUACGUCCAGGACCUGCAUUCCCCCGAUAUCAUCUGUCAUAGAGGCGCAGUACCCGGCGACAUCUCCACUGAAGUCCCAGCCGGUGGCACUGUCACCGUCACCUGGAGUACAUGGCCCGAAGACCACAGAGGGCCCGUCCUGGACUACCUCGCGAACUGCAAUGGCGAAUGCACCAACGUUGACAAGACGACCCUCAAGUUCUUCAAGAUCGACGAGGGCGGUUAUGGAGACAACCAAUGGGCAACUAACAAACUCAUCCAACAGGAAGCCAGCUGGGAUAUUACCAUCCCUCAGGAUCUAAAGGCAGGGAACUACGUCUUGCGCCAUGAGAUAAUUGCUCUGCAUAGUACUACCAAUGGACCGCAACCGUAUCCCCAGUGCGUUAACCUUAAGGUUACAAGCGGUGGUACUUCCGAGCCUGCUGGUGUGCCCGGGAUCGAGCUGUACAAGGGAGAUGAGCCUGGCUUGAAUAUGAACAUCUGGGACGAGAAGGCUGUGCCGAACUAUCAGAUUCCAGGGCCGAAGCUUUUUGCCGCGGGUGAUGCUGGCGAUGCGGAAGCUACUGGUUCUUCUACUUCUUCAUCUGCUGGGGCUUCUACUUCUUCUACUUCCUCUACUGGGUCUUCUACAUAUCCUACGAGUGCAUCCAGUACACCUGCAGCUACCCUUACCCCAGGCUCAGCCUCUAGCACACCCCUAUUUACCUCACCAUCCAGCCAGCCCACAGUCACAGGCCCAGGCACAGGGACAAGCCCAAGCCCAGGCACAAGUCCGUCCAAAACAGCAUGCACCGCGAAAUCCAGCGGCAAGGCGGCAUCGGCCACAGGGACUGGAAGCGGCAGCUCACACCUAGCCGGACCCUCUAGCACACCAGCACGAUGUGGAGCGGCGUCAAAUACGUCUUUUGUUACUAUCUCCAUGACCACAACGAGUGUUACGACCGAGUUCAAGACGGUGACUACCACGAAGUUCCGGACUGAUACGGUGUCGGAGACGGAGACGGUGACGGAUACUGUCACGCCGACUACGUGUGGCUUUGGGCAGUCGACUGUUACUGUUAGUGCUAAUUGCUGA